AUGAUAAUUAGAAGCGCUGUCACUGAGAUGGAGCUUUCAGCCACAGCUGUGCGGAACCGUUCGUACAGCAGAGCAGAACCCAAACCUUCGAUUACGCUAUUCAAUAUGUCGCGCUAUGCGCUCGGAGGGACAUGGAACUUGCUGCGCUUCUUGGCGGUUUCCUACCUCUCUCUAAAAUGA